AUGUCGACAUCACGGCCGUCCACAUCGCCGGGGCCGCGGCCGCGUCGAGUACUGCAGGAACGAAGCUCGGCCCACACCAACGAACGAUCGCCGACGCGUUCUAUGCAAUCCCUCCGCAUCAUUAGCGGGGACAAAGACGACGCCGACAUGUAUACAGCAACGCCAUUCCCAACCAAACCCGAGCAGAUUCUGCUGCCCAUUCCGGGCAAAGGACAACGGGGACCAUUGACGCCGACAGGUCUCUACGCCAGUAAUCCCCGCGCAUCCACUUCCACAAUCUCCUCACCAUCAUUCAGCCAAGAUGCUGCCAGCAGCACGCGGGACCUGUCCAUCCGUGACAGCUGGGAUGUUUCCUCCAUGGUGGACACGUUCAACUCGCCGCCUGGCUUGUGGGAUGACCCCUCAUCCAGCAAAUCAUCCUUGCCCGACACAAGUCCCAUGGCCAAGCUAGCGGAUUAUAUCUCCGAGGGUCCCUGGGAGCCCGAGUAUUCUGAUGACGACGAGAACAUGGAUUUACCCACGAGGACCCCUACCAUCAAAGCCAUUGAAUCUGAAUAUCAAAGCUCGUCCAGGUUGGAGAGCGACGACGAUGGUUCGGUACAACCAUAUUCGAGCCCUAAUGUUGAAAGAAUUGGCGCGCCAUCCAGUCCGAACUAUGAACGCCUAGGAGAGCCCUCUAGUCCCAAUCUGGAAACCAUCGGAGCACCCUCAAGUCCCAACUUUGAACGGAUUGGAGAACCGUCCAGUCCUAAUCUCGAGCCCAUCGGAGAGCCGUCCAGCCCUAAUUUCCGGCGUCUUGGAGAGCCAUCAAGUCCUAACAUGGAGCCGAUCGGGGCCCCCUCUAGUCCCAAUUUUGUCACACUGGCCAACACCAGUGAGACGUAUCUACCCCCCGCCGCGGCGAGAUCAAAUUCCAAUCCCCGAUCAAGUUCCUUGUCCUCUUGGAACUCGAGGGGCACCGCCGUUCGUCACACCGGGGUCUCAGCACCGUGGAUUCAGACAGCUGCCUCGUCGGAGCGGGUCAGCACCCGCUCGGGAUCGCCAUUCAACUCAAGCCCGCCGUUGCAAUCCGUUGCGUCAUUUCAAUCAGUCACGCGCCGGAUAUCUGCCGAGCAGAUGAGCACACGCUCUGGCUCCUUAUUCCGGUCCAGUCCACCUUUGCGCUCCGUGGCCUCAUUUCAGUCCGUAACAAGGCGUCCCUCCUUGAGUCAGUCCCGGUCACCCAAUUCCUCGACGCUGAGCUUUCGUUCGGUCUCUGAAAUUGUGGCCUCGAUCGAUAGUGGCAUUCCACUUCAACAUGCAGCUUUUCGAUCACCGUCCACAAGCUCUCAGGCUGCCGUCUCAGUUGUGUCUGACCAAGAUUACACACGGUUUCGGGAUUUUACGCCUGGUCCCGCUUCAGGUCGUCAAAAUCCUGUCCUUUCUCGUUCCUCGUCCACCUGGUCCAGUGAUGCAGAGGCCAACAUCGCCGUUACACGUUCCACGGGAGAGCCCGCCAGCCGAGUAGCUUCAAAUGCACUGACCGUCGCUUCCAAAUUCAGCAGUCAUUCCAGUGAGUGGCAAAUGACAGAAAGCGACGAAGAGGAGCGACUGGACAGUCUGACCAACUUGCCCUCACGUCCCGACUUUGCGCAUAGUGUAUCGACCGCAUCUCGGCGCAGCAACAGCAUGACCAGCAUGAAACGACCGAGCACUGGAGCGUCGUCGAACACCGUAUGGCAUAUCUUGCCGACCUGGGCCAAGAUUUACUACCGAGCUGAUCCGAUGAGUAUUCAUCCUGCCUUGUCGGUAGUGGAUGUGAGCAGACCUCCCAGCACCCGUCCAGGGACUUCCAACUCCAGUGUCUUCAAUUUCGGUCUGAUGCCCACUGCGCUCAAUAUCCCCCGCGGACGGUCCCCUAGCCGUUCACGUUCGCCUUCGAGCUCACGAUCGCCUCAACGGAUCACGGCUGCUAGUCCUGCCCAAUCGCUCAUUUCAGACAAUGCACCGACGCAAAUUGCCUUGCCGCAGCGACCGGGUGCUAUUCGAUUUGUUCCACGCCGCGUAGAGAGUGACCCAUUGGAUCCUCGUGCUCAUUGGGUUGCUAAUCCAGAUGUGCAAGAUGAAGUAGUUGGGACACCGCACAGCGGAGCGCGGCACAGUUGGUCGCCUCAUCUGCUUGCGAAACGCGGCAUGCCACGGUCGACCAGUGCAUGGACUGCGCCUUCGAUGGACUCUCGAAAUGAACCUGUCUUUGGAAGGAGGAACAUUCAGGUGUACUCUUUCUGUGUUGGCUUCAUUUUUCCCAUUGCUUGGAUGAUUGCUGCAUUCCUACCUCUUCCGCCAUUGCCUAAACUCGCCCCAGAGAUGACCGAGCAUGGUGGUGACGUCGAGGCGGCAUUAGAAUCGCAGUUGAUAUCGCUGCAACGGCGACGACAUGAGAAUGCGCGUUGGUGGCGUAAUCUCAAUCGUUGGAUGAUUUCGCUUGGCGCGGUGAUCAUCAUCGUUAUAAUUGUGCUGGCCGUCAUUGGUACCACGACUGGUUUCUGA